GGGCAGGAGAGGACCCAUCUUCUCUGGCAAGAAGAAAAAAAAUGAUUUUAUUUAGUGCUUUACCAGAAAAUCCCCUUUCCUGCCAACCUUAGAUUCAAGACUUAUCCUUAAAAACAAGAAGCUUGUUUCGACUUGAAGAUACUUACAUCAAGUGAAUGGACAGCCAGCCACCGCAAUGAAAGAAAUCAAACCAGGAAUAACCUAUGCUAAACCCAUGCCUGAACUGUCCCCAAGUGUUUCCUGACACGUGUUUCUGCUUACAGCACACUGCAACUGAAGAAUGGGGCUCAACUGGACGCUCACUAAACUACCAAAUAACGAGCUGCCCAGCCCAGGGAGUCACGGUCCCAGUAACACAAGCGAUGGGCCCGGAAAGAACGGCACCCUGCACAACGAAUUUGACACCAUCGUCCUGCCUGUGCUCUACCUCGUUAUAUUUGUGGCAAGCAUCUUGCUGAAUGGUCUAGCGGUGUGGAUCUUCUUCCACAUCAGGAAUAAAACCAGCUUCAUAUUCUAUCUCAAAAACAUAGUGGUUGCCGACCUCCUCAUGACGCUGACGUUUCCAUUCCGAAUAGUCCAUGACGCAGGAUUUGGGCCCUGGUACUUCAGGUUCAUCCUCUGCAGAUACACGUCUGUUUUGUUUUACGCAAACAUGUACACGUCCAUCGUGUUUCUUGGGCUGAUAAGCAUUGACCGCUAUCUGAAGGUGGUCAAGCCGUUUGGGGACUCUCGCAUGUACAGUAUCACCUUUACGAAGGUUUUAUCUGUUUGCGUUUGGGUGGUCAUGGCUGUGCUGUCCCUGCCAAACAUCAUCCUAACGAAUGGACAACCCACUAAGGAAAAUAUUCAUGACUGCAUGAAGCUUAAAAGUGCCUUGGGCGUGAAAUGGCACAAGGCAGUCACCUACGUGAACAGCUGCUUGUUUGUGGCUGUGCUGGUGAUUCUGAUUGGGUGCUACAUAGCCAUAUCCAGGUACAUCCACAAAUCCAGUAGGCAGUUCAUAAGCCAGUCGAGCCGAAAGCGGAAACACAACCAAAGCAUCCGGGUGGUGGUAGCUGUGUUUUUCACCUGCUUUCUACCCUACCAUUUGUGCAGGAUCCCUUUCACUUUUAGUCACUUAGACAGGCAUCUAGAUGAAUCCGCACACAAAAUACUAUAUUAUUGCAAAGAAAUGACACUUUUCUUGUCUGCAUGCAACGUGUGUCUGGACCCAAUCAUUUACUUUUUCAUGUGUAGGUCCUUUUCGAGAAGGCUAUUCAAGAAAUCAAAUAUCCGAACCAGGAGCGAAAGCAUCAGAUCACUGCAAAGCGUCAGAAGAUCCGAAGUCCGCAUAUACUAUGACUAUACUGACUGUAGGGAUGACAGGAUAAAACCCGACAAUGGUAUGAAAUUGAGGCAUCAUUUGGAACUAAGAAAAACACCAAGACAUAGAAAACGGGAGAUAAAUAAGAGGCAGUUUUGGCGGGAUGGCGAGUUUAAGAAGCAGGCUGAGGAGCAGGAGGUGCCACAGCGGCGCCAGGACACCGCGGCUGUCCUUCGGAAGAUGCUUCUUUGA